AAGGAAAGUGGCCCCCGGACUCCUCUUGUGCCACGGAAAAGCCCUGAGGGAGGAGGAAGAGGAGGAGGAGGGGGAGGAAGUAAGAAAAGGAGAAGGCAUUAAAGAGAAGGACAAGGAAAGGCUUGGGCUGGAGCCAAGGGGGGUCGGGAUAGCGACGGAGGGGAGCUUGGGCUCCCCAGGGCACCUGUGGAGACCCCACCGCCAGCACCCAGCACUGGAGCUGGUGACCCCGGAAAGAGGGCCCAGCACAGGGAGCAGCAUCGCUCCCUGGGGACACCCAGCCCUGCGUCCCCCUUCCCGGCAUCGGAGAGCGGGCAAGGAGUGAGCCGCUGGAUUUUAGCUUCCUGGGACAUCCAAGGGACUCUUCCUCCUCCUCCUCCUGCUCACCUGACCAAGCAGCACUCACCUCUUCCGCUCGCUCCAUGGCCACCCUGCAUCUCCCCAUGGCCACUGGCUGAGCCCCCUUUGCAGCAGUCCCGACUCCGCAUGCUGCAUCCCGACCCUGCUCCCCGCUCCGAACCAGAGCCCCCCGACCUCGCAGGGAGGCGAGCGUGCGGCUGGGACUUCCUUGGAGGCAAGGGAACGUUAAGAUGUUGAAAGCUCCCCAGCCGAGAGGGGCUGCACGGACGCCAGGCCACCCGGCUAGGGGGGAGCAGGAUGGACAGAGCCGUUGGGGCCGGGAACCAAGGCUGGUAGGGAAGGAUGGACUCCCAGACCUGCCAGGACAGGCAGCCCAGUGACCACCCCAGCAGCAGCAGCAGCAAUUGUAGCAGCAGCAAGAGCAAUUGUGAAAGGGAAAGGAUCCGGAGCCGGAUGAAAAUGGUGAUCGGGCAACUGGAAGGCAUCUUACAGGAGCUCAAGGAGGUGGCCAAGGAGCUCCGGGAGGUGGUGAGCCAGAUCGACCGGCUGACGUCCGACUUCGAGUUCGAGCUGGAGCCGGACGACUGGACAACGGCGACGGCCAGCAGCACGUCCAGCAGCGAGAAGGGCGGGGGCGCCUUCGAGCUGGGACCCCUCGAUUUCCCCGCCUCCGACAUCCUCUCCGACAGCUGGGAAUUCUGCUCCUUCCUGGAUACUUCCACCCCCUCCGACCCCGGCGACGGCCCCGACCCCCCCCGGCCGCAGCCGCAGCCCCCGCCGGCUCGCCAGCCCGAUUACCGGCUGAUGAAUGGGGGGCUCCCCAUCACCAACGGCCCCCGGGGCGGGGGGACCCCGGAUUCAUCCAGCGAGGAAGCCUUUGGCGCAGCGGCCGUCCAGAAGAUCUCGCAUCACCGCCCGGCCGGCACACGGGAACGGGUCCGGUUCAGCGACAAGGUGCUUUACCACGCUCUGUGCUGCGAUGACGACCGGGACGGUGACAGCACAGCAUCCCCAGGGGAUGACGGCCCCGAAGAGCCCGGCCGGAAGGCGCUGGUGGGGCCCCCCUCCAAGCAUCCUUCCGCUGGUGGUGGUCCCCCGGCGCGGCGGGUGAUGAGGAACAGCAGCACGCAGACCGUAGCCGAUAAAAGCACCCAGACGGUGCUGCCUUACAUCCCGGCCAAGCAGAGAAUCAAGAACAAAAACUGAUGCCGGCUCUGCCGCAUGGA